GAAAAACCCAGCCACGUUGCAGUUCUUGACACAAACCGGUGCACCUGGCACUCAGUGUAUGUGUUUUAGAGUACAGACAUUUAUUAAUGCUUUGUUUUGUUGUUAAAGGUGGAUACCUCUGCAUCCCCAUGAGGAGCCUACUGAACGGGAUAGCCACAAACCCAAGACUUCCAAAUGUUUUAAACAGCAGGUGUGAGUGACUCAGUAACCUUGUCCCCAAGCUAAUUGCGCAUAGCGAGGAAGUGUCCAGUGAACAAGACGUCUAAAAGCCCUUGACUAUCCCAGUGGUCAGAUAGCCAAGGAGGCCGGCGGUUAGAGCCUGUGUGAAGGAGCGAGACGUACCGAUAGUGUCGGACUGUACCUUUCUCCUCCAUCCCUGUCCCUACACCUCCAUGGCACCUGAUAAGGUUGCCACUUGGUCACUGCAGACAUAAUGCUCUCUCUCAGCUCUCUCCCCAGCACCGUUGUCCCCAGCCUCCCCUCCUCUCCAGGGGGCUGUGCUACUGGGGGACCAAGGGUAUGGUCCUCCAGCCAGGAGGUGGCGCUGUUCCAGACCCUGCAAGAGGCUCUGAGGGAGAUCGACCUGCCUGAAACACAGGACCUGCCACAGGGUAUGAGUCACUCUGAGCUGUGUGUCUGCGUUUUGGGAUCCCCCCUCCCCUACCUCUCUCUGCUGUUGGAGGUAGGCCAACGGAGCCCAGGAGAUGCUCUCCUGUGUCUAUCUCCGUCCUGGCUCUCUCACUCCUCCCCCUCCCUCCUGGUCCACAAGGCUGUCACCUUUGACCUGGGAGGCCGUACUUUCCUCUCCAACUUUAACCCCCCUCGCAGGGUCACCUACUUCCUGUCAUGUGACCCUUGGGCUGAGGAGGAAGUGACCCGGGAGACGGACUGCCCAAGCGGAGGUUCCGGUGCACUGGGUCGGUUCUGGGGGGAUGUUCUAACCACCAGGGUUCUACUGCAGAAGGCCAAGAUCCACUGCCCCCCGACGCUGGCCCUACUGUUGCCCCCGGGGCAGAUGGGACUGGAGGAGGGCAGGACAGGAGGGGUGGAGGUGGUGCACCUGGAAAUGGGGGCAGAGGGAGGGAUGAACUCCGUCCGAAACAAGGUGGACUCUUUCCUGGAGUCUGAGGAUAUGAAGGGAUCUGAAAGUGUGGUGCUCAGGUGCAGUGGUGGAAGGUUCGUGGGCGAGGCAACCUCACCCCCUGUCUACCUGUCCAGGAACAAUAGGGAUGAGGUCUGGGCCAAGGUAGGUUAUCUCCUGCCCCAGCUCCUCCCUGGAGAGGCAGUACUGCUGGAGGUCUACUGCUCCCCACUGAAGCCUGGGCCGCGGGUAGAGGACCGCACCUGGGAACGGUACACCGACUGCAGGCCUCAGGUUCCAGACCUGUCCUUCAGACUGUGUGCCAUCGUAAGUCGCUCACCUCUGGACCUGCCUCUCCUCUACAAGUUGGUGUGUAGAGUGGGUGUGUCCGACGCCCCUCUCUCUCACAGCCACUCCCUCUCUCAGUCCUUGGAGAUCACCCUAUUAGAGUGCGGUUUCACUGACCCUACCAUGGCGACCUCUCUCCGUCGCCUAGCAACGGACACCGCCCUGUCCUGCCUCUGUGUUGUCAUGGAAACAGAGUCAAGCAUGUCUGCGGAACUGCGCGGUGGAGCGGGCGCCCAGACCGACAUGAUAGGCGUAGACCUCCUCUUCACCAUGGAUGGUUACAUCAUCAGCCCUGUUGUUCUUGGCCUCCACCCCUCCCUCUGUCUCCGCUCCUCCUUCUCGGACCGAGGGAUGGGGAUGGAGAUGGAGGGAUGUGACAGUGGGAUAGAGGGGUGGAGUAGGGGCACCCUCCUCCUCACCCCCCUCACCCGCUCCCAGUACUACCUGAUGCAGGGGAAGACUGUGCUGGUGGUGGGAGCUGGAGGACACAGCAAGAAGUUCAUUUGGGGAGCAGCCAAAAAGUACAAACUCAAGAUCCUGCUGGUGGACUGUGACCCCGCCCACUUCGCCUCCCAGUUGGUCGACCACUUCCUGCCCCUGCCAGACCUGCCCGACCACCGCCGUGACGACCAGCACUGCUCCCGCAUCUGUGAUUGGCUGUUGUCCUCCGGGCUCCGCCCUGAUGGCUGCGUGUGCUUCUGGGAUGACUGCGUGGUGCUAACGUCUCUGGUCUGUGAUAGGCUGGGGCUCAGGGGACCUCCCCCCGAGGCCAUCCGCAUCGCAAAGGAGAAGAGCCGCACCCACAGGCACCUCCAGGGCCUACUAAAGUCUACUGGGACUAACUUGAUCAGUGUUGAGCAACCCUCCGGUCAGGCGGAUGGCCUGGUUGAGUUUAGAGAAGGUGAGAGGAGAGGAAGACAACAGAACGGUGUGGUCAACGGCAUGGUCAACAUGGAAGGAGAUAGCAUGAGAGCUAUGGCCGAUUUUGACAGGGGGGAUCUCUUCAAUGAGGCAAUGGGCAAACCCGACACUACCACCUCUACCUCUUCAUCCGCCUCAGCCUCCUCUUCCUUCUCACAGUCCUUCGGCACUUUCCGGCCCUCCGCUCCCCUCCUUUCUCCCUCCCCUUCUUCCUAUGCUGUUCCCUGUAUCCAUGUGGAGAGCGCCCUGGAUCUGGAGAAGGCAGCCAGUGGUGGGGUGGGGGGGCUUGGUGGGGCCAGUGUAGGGGUGGUGAGGUUCCCUGCCAUCAUGAAGCUGGAGUACGGGGCCGGGGCGGUGGGCGUGAGGAAGGUGGGCUCUCUGGAGGAAAGCCUGGCACACUUUGAGAGGAUUGGAGGGGACCUCCGCGAGGAGACAGACUACCCUGGCAUUGGCCUGGGAUGGGGCAACGCCAUGACCCUCAUGGAGUACGUGGGAGGCACAGAGCACGAUGUGGACGUGGUCCUGUUUGAGGGGCGACUGGAGGGCGCCUUCGUGUCCGACAAUGGCCCCACCCGUGCCCCGGCCUUCACCGAGACGGCCUCCCAGAUGCCCUCUGGGCUGGCGCCGGAGAAGCGUGCUCAGCUGAUCCGCGCGGCGCACCACGCCUGCCUGGGAUGCGGCCUGCAAGAUGGCGUGUUCAACGUUGAGAUGAAGAUGACGGAGGUGGGCCCGAGGCUCAUCGAGAUCAAUGCCCGCAUGGGCGGCUUCUACCUGCGCGACUGGAUCCGGCAGCUGUAUGGCGUGGACAUCCUGAUGGCCGCCUUCAUGGUGUCCUGCGGGCUGCGUCCGUGCCUGCCCUCGGCCACAGCGCUCCCAGCCAGAGGCCACUUUGCUGGGGUGAUGGUGGUGGUGUCACAGCACCUCCAGGCCCUGAGAAGCACAGCCAGCCCUGAGCGCCUGAGAGGGCUGCACCAGGAGGGGGCUCUAUGGCUGAACGAGCUGGCUGAGGAGGAUGAAUUGAUCUCUGGGGAGUACGAGGAGCCCUUCUGUAAUGUCGGGGUGAGAGACGCCCACAAUGCCGCCAACGCUCGCCAGCGCCUCCUCGCCCUCUGCCAGGGGCUGGGCCUGCACUGUCCUCCACGCUACGACCUGGGGUACUUCCUGUCCCACUUCAACUAGACAGGAAGUCAGGGGGGAGAAGCACCUGGGGUUUGUUCAGGAGGGUGCAAUGUUUAGAUUUUAGUCACAGAUCAAAGUAAUAAAAAAAUUGAUUCCCUAUUCUGCAUGACAGAGAAGCAUAUGUGUUUUAGUCCUGCCUAAGUGUUUGUUCCUAACAUUGGACCCUUCUGAAUAGAACCCAUGUUUAGCACGGGUAUGCUGUGUGCGGGUGUGUAUUUUUGUACUGGGGUAAGGGUUAGUUUAGUUAGUUUAAAAGGUACAUCACAGGAAGAAAAAACACUCCUGUUAUAUCAAAACAUAUCUCACAACCUUUGCAUUUUUCUCACUUAAAUUUUAGGGACCAUCUCAGGAAUAAAAUAGGUAUCAUCUUCAGUGAUUUGGAGAGAAUAGGAUAUGGGUGUCUUAUCUAUCUACCAUGGUUCAGGAAGUGAUUUCAAUAUCAAAUAAAAAAAUUGAAAAACCUUUUUAAAUAAAUAGCUUCUACUUUUCAGUCAUUACGAAAAUAGAGGCCCUUUGUCCAAUUAUUGAAUUUGAAUUUUGGUUAACUUCCUGAAUUGACAGCGUUCAAUUCGAAUUGACCGCGCCCCUGCUAUCAAUUAGGUUGUGGCAUCAGCAGUCUGGGUCGUUCAACAAAAUGAGUGCCUUUUGCGUCCCUUUGAUAUUUUAAGUAGAAAUUGUGCACAAAUAUUGCAUUUUAAAAGCUUGUUAUAUUAAAUGAAGUGCCCUUUAAUAUAGACCACAUGGACAAUUCAAUCAAUCAGAUUUUACUAUGAAUAAAAACUUGCUAAAGUGCUAAAAUUCAUCAUUUUUACAUGUCCCUCUGUGCAUCCUCUGUGACUUCUAGGAAGUUUUAACCCACUUAACCCCAAUUUAUCUCCCAAGUUUUCA